UGACGCGUUGACCAUGUCCCGAAAACCCAAUUCAACUCGUCCCUAACUCACUAUCACAAAAAUAGGAACAAAAACUCUUUAAUUUCCUCUUCACUCUCCGAAAUCUCUAUUCUUCAAUUUCUCUCUCAAAUGGAGGAGACUAACUCACACAGAAUCCAUACUUUCUCUCUCUUGAUUCUCACCUUCUCUCUUUUCUCCACCCUCUCUCUUUCCAGCUUCUCUCCCACAGACAACCACCUCAUUUCUUGUGGCUCCACCGUCGACACCACCGUCGACAACCGCCGUUUUAUCUCCGAUUCCAAUCCGAGCUCGCCGCUUCUCUCCUCAGCAAAAACGAUUCCGCUCACCAACCAAAGCCCAUCUCCUUAUUCUAUCCAAAUCUACAACUCCGCAAGAAUUUUCAAAAAACCUUCAAAAUAUGCUUUUGAGAUUAAGGAACUAGGGACUCAUAUGGUAAGGCUUCAUUUUCACGCUUUUGUUUCUUCCAAUUUGGACUUAAGCGAUGCUCAAUUUCACGUUUUGGUUAAUGGAUAUGUUGCUUUGAGCAAUUUCAGUGUAGGGAAAGUUAGGGACUUCGUAGUUAAGGAGUACUUUAUAUGGGCUGAUUCUGAUAAGAUUGUGAUUAAUUUUGUGCCUGCAAAGAAGGGUAAUUAUGGUUUUGUUAAUGCAAUUGAAGUGAUAUCUGCACCUAAAGAUUUGAUUGCUGAUGUGGGAUUUCUUGUUAAUGGUAAUAAAGAUGAGAAAUUUGUGGGAUUAACCAAGCAGGCACUUGAAACUGUGCAUAGGAUCAAUGUUGGAGGUCCAAAGGUGACACCUUUUAAUGAUACUGUAUGGAGAACAUGGAUUCCUGAUUAUGAGUUUUUGAAAUCAAGUAAUGAUUUGUCGAAACGGAUGUACUUUGGUGGUCGUAUUCAUUACCAAAUUGGAGGGGCUAGCAGGGAAGUAGGUCCUGAUUUUGUGUACAAGACUGCACGAGUGAUUACUAACACUAAUGGCUCAGUACUUAAUGUUAAUAUGACAUGGGAGUUUCCAGUGGAUGAGGGUUAUAAGUAUCUUGUUAGGAUGCAUUUCUGUGAUAUUGCUAGCAUAUCGCUUGGUUUGAUACAUUUUAAUGUCUAUGUUAAUGGGUACCUGACAUAUGAAGAUUUAGAUCUUUCGUCUAUUACAUAUACGCUGGCUUCUCCGUUUUAUGUGGAUUUUGUUGUUGAUGAUGAUAGCUCUGGGGUUUUGCGUGUUAGUGUUGGACCUACCAACAAGACCAUGGCAUAUGGAGUUGAUGGUAUUUUGAAUGGGGUGGAGAUCAUGAAGAUGAAUAAUUCAAUGGGGAGUCUUGGUGGAAAGAUUUGUGCAGGCAUGGUUUUGAAAAGUUGGCCUAGAGGAAACAUUGGUGUUCUGGUUCCAUUUGUUGCUGGUUUGUGCUUGUUGCUGAGUCUAGCUCUGGUUAUGCAUAGGAGAACAGUGGGAAUGAGGAACCCUGUUUCCUGGUCCAAAUUGCCUACAGAGGUCCCAGGAGUUGACUUAAAUCAUGGUAAUCUACAUUUUUCUGGUAAGGCGUGAUUUCUGUUCUAUAGCACAGGUUGUUGUAUGAUAUAACUGGUGAUGCAGAUGCUAUAGAAUGAUGGUAUUCUCACCUUCUGCUAUUUAAGGUCAUAGUAAGUUCUUAUUUGAAGUAUCUAAAGCUUAAUGUACCUGGCCAGUAUUGUAAUGCUAAUUUGUAAGCAGGCUGUUUUUGUAGCAUAUAAUAUACUGUGCAACUUCUAUAUUUUGUAAUGCAGGAUGCAAUAUCUUCAAUUAUCUCUUGUACUUUGCGAUCCUUAAAUAAGAUUCCAGCUAUUUUACUGAAA